AUGUGUAAACCUGGAUGGAAUGGACCAAACUGUCAGAUGCACAAUGUAGCCAUGAAUAAACCUACAAGAUUAAGGAAAUUCCCUAAUGAAAUGGCUGACCAAUUAGUAGAUGGAGAUCGGGAAAACACAUGUUUGUCUGUCAGUGGGGUAGAUACCCAAAGACUAAAAAUAGAUUUUGGUGAAGCAGAGUCAUUACAUCAUAUAACAAUAUUUGACAAACCUAAUCACCAAAAUUUUUUGAACUUGGGCUCUCAAAACACAACUACUGAUGAGCUAGGAAGCAGUUCACAGACAGUCACUGUAGUGACAGAUUUCACGACACAGACUGCAACUGCAAUACAAACUGGAACAUCAGAAGUCACAACACAAAAUGCAGUUACAGAAGAAACAACACAAACUGUAGCAGCAGAGCAAACAUCAGAUAUCGCAACAACAGAAAAAAUAACACAAACAGAAGCAACAGAACAGACAACACUUACUGCAGUAACAGACCAAGCAACAGAUGCAACAACACAAUCUGUAGCAACAGAUGAAACAACACAAUCUGUAGCAACAGAUAUAACAACACAAUCUGCAGCAACAGAUACAACAACACAAUCUGUAGCAACAGAUAUAACAACACAAUCUGCAGCAACAGAUAUAACAACACAAUCUGUAGCAACUGGUAUAACAACACAAUCUGCAGCAACAGAUAUAACAACACAAUCUGCAGCAACAGAUGUAACAACACAAUCUGCAGCAACAGAUGUAACAACACAAUCUGAAGCAACUGGUAUAACAACACAAUCUGCAGCAACAGAUAUAACAACACAAUCUGCAGCAACAGAUAUAACAACACAAUCUGCAGCAACAGAUGUAACAACACAAUCUGCAGCAACAGAUGUAACAACACAAUCUGCAGCAACAGAUAUAACAACACAAUCUGCAGCAACUGAUGUAACAACACAAUCUGCAGCAACAGAUAUAACAACACAAUCUGCAGCAACUGAUGAAACAACACAAUCUGCAGCAACAGAUAUAACAACACAAUCUGCAGCAAUAGAUGUAACAACACAGUCUGCAGCAACUGGUAUAACAACACAAUCUGCAGCAACAGAUAUAACAACACAAUCUGCAGCAACAGAUGUAACAACACAAUCUGCAGCAACUGAUGAAACAACACAAUCUGCAGCAAUAGAUAUAACAACACAAUCUGCAGCAACAGAUAUAACAACACAAUCUGCAGCAACUGAUGAACCAACACAAUCUGCAGCAACAGAUGUAACAACACAAUCUGCAGCAACAGAUGAAACAACACAAAGUGUAACAACACAACAAACAACACAAGCUUCAGGAACAGAAAUAGCAACACAGACUGUAGUUACAGACCAAACAACACAAAUUAAUGCAACAGAAAUAACAGCUCAAACUGCAGAAACAGAACAUACUACAAAAAAUUCAGAAUUAACAACACAAAGUACAGAUACUAAAGCCAUAACACAAACUGAAGGUACUACCUUAAGUUUUGCAAGUGGCACUGCUACACAAGGAACAUCUAUGAAUAGUGUUACUACCACAGAAGGGGCAACAGUUAAUACAGCAAAUGAGACUGUCACAGAAGGGUCAACAAACAGUUUAGCAACUGCCACUUCUAGUGAAGAAACAACAUCAGAUAUGACAAUUAACACUGCCACUGUUGACACAACAAGUGGUGCAACUGAAACUACUGGUACUGCCACAGAAGGUGCAACAGUAAGUAUGGCAAGUGUGACUGGUACACUGGAAACAACACAAAGUUUAGCAACUGUCACUGCUGCAGAAGGAACAACAAUAAGUAUAGCAACAGAAACAACUAGCACUGCCACAGAAGAAGCAACACAUAAUUUUACUACUAAUACAGCUACUGAAGGCGUAACAAUGAGUAUGGCAACGGAAACAACUGGUUUUUCCAAUGAAAACAUAACUAUGAGUAUGGAAAAUAGUACUGCAACAGAAGGCACAACAAUGAGAAUAGCAACUGUUAGUGCUUCUGAAGAGACAACAGUGAGUAUGGAAACUGUCACUGCAGCUGAAAGCUCAACAAUAAGUAAUGCAACUGGUGCUGACACAACAAUGAGUAUUGCAACUAGCAAUGCUGCUGAUGGGACAGCAUCAAUUAUUUCAACUGGUGCUGACACUGAAAGCACAACAAUGAGUAUGGCGACAGGCUCUGCUUCUGAAGAGACAACAAUGAAUAUGACCUCUGGCACUGCUACUGAAGCAACAACAAUGAGUAUGGCAAAUAGCACUGCUACUGAUGAGACAACAAUGAGUAUUGCGACUGGCAAUGCAACUGAAGUAACAACAAUGAGUAUUGCCACUGAGACUGCUACUGAUGAGACAACAAUGAGUAUUGCCACUGGGAUUGCUGCUGAAGAGACAACAAUGAGUAUUGCCACUGAGACUGCUACUGAAGAGACAACAAUGAGUAUUGCCACUGGGACUGCUACUGAAGAGACAACAAUGAGUAUGGCAACUGGCACUGCAACUGAAGGGACAACAAUGAGUAUGGCAACUGGCACUGAAACUGGCACUGCAACUGAAGAAGCAACAAUGAGUAUGGCAACUGGCACUGAAAUCGGCACUGCAACUGAAGAAAUAACAAUGAGUAUAGCAACUGGCAAUGCCUCUGUAAAAACAACUAUGAGUAUGGCAACUGAAGAAACAACAAUGAGUAUGGCAACUGGCACGGCCUCUGAAGAAACAACGAUGAGUAUGGCGACUGGCUCUGGUGAUGAAGGGACAACAGUGAGUAUGGCAACUGGCACUGCUUCAGAAGAGACAACAGGGAGUAAGGCAACUGUUACAGUAUCUGAAGAAACAACUAUGAGUAUGGCAACUGGCACAGCUACUGAAGGUAUAUCAGUGAGUAUGGCAACUGGCACUGCUGCUGAAGGUACAACAGUGAGUGUGGCAACUGGCACUGCUACUGAAGGGGCAACAGUGAGUAUGGCAACUAGCACUGCUGUUGAAGGGACAACAAUAAGUAUGUCAACUGGUACAGCAACUGAAGAAACAACAAUGAGUUUGGCAACCAACACUGCAACUGAAGAAAAAACAACAAGUUUGGCAACUGGUACAGCAUCUGAGAAAACAACAAUGAGUAUAACAACUAGCCCAGCUACUGAUAGCACUUCUGUGGUCGUUACUGAAAUAAGUACUAUGGAACAAACUGUCAUAGGCUCUACUGUAUUUUCAAUAACAGCAGGCCCAGCUACUGGAUCCUCACAGAAUGUCAUCCUAAUUGUUGGUAUAGUGAUUCCUAUUUUGUUACUUCUAGUCAUUGUUUUCUUCAUUGUAAUUCUUGUAAAGAAAAGCCGAAGAAAAAGUGCAGAUUUGUACACAAAUGUCCGUUUAAAUGAAUACAAAAAGUCCAGACCAGAUGGAUCUGUUAACGUAAUAAAUGAGUUUGAUCUUCCACGAACAGAAACAACAUCAUUAAACAGAAGUCGUAAUCCAAGUUUGGCAAGUUUAGGCAGUGUAGGCAAAGGAAGUGUGGGUAGUGCAAACAGCCAAAAUCAUGUGUAUAGCAAUGUUCCUACAAGGAAAGCUGUACCUGUCAACAAGCUACAGUCAUAUAUAGCUGCAAUGAAUAGUAAGAAAGGAUUUGAAAAGGAAUAUAAGGUAUUACCAGCUGGGAUGGUUUUACCACAUAAAAUAGGUCUUUUUGAAGAAAAUAGAAGUAAAAACAGAUAUAUAAAUAUGAUUUCUUAUGACCAUUCUAGAGUAGUACUAGACAGAGAAGUUGAGGGAGAUUAUAUUAAUGCUAACUAUAUAGAUGGUUUUAUUAGAAGAAAUGCAUACAUAGCUACACAAGGUCCUACUAGAAACACAACAGAAGAUUUUUGGUGUAUGAUCUGGCAAGAGGAUGUUGGCAAAAUUGUUAUGUUGACUAAUUUAGUGGAAGCCAAUAAGGUGAAAUGUUAUAAGUACUGGCCAACAGAAGACAGUGACUUAUUAUUAAACAGUUUACAGAUAUCACUUAAUUCUGAGGAGAACUAUCCGUCGUUUGUUGUCAGGAAAAUAUCUAUUAUUGAUGUGGAGAGAAAUGAAACAAGAAAUAUAACUCUAUUCCAUUUUACUGCCUGGCCCGACCAUGGAGUUCCAGAUCCAUUCCAAAUAAUGAUAUUUCACAGGAAAAUAUCACAAACUUCUACACCUCUGAGUGGUCCAAUGGUUGUUCAUUGUAGUGCUGGCAUUGGUCGUACAGGUACAUUAGUUGCUAUUGAUUCACUGUUUAAACAAGGGGAAGCCUCUUAUUACUUAGGAAUUAACCAGUAUGUCAGAGAGAUGAGACAAAAUCGUGUUAACAUGGUGCAAACUCUUACUCAGUAUAUAUUUAUACAUACAACUUUACUUGAGAUGUUUGCCUGCAGCAAAGAUCCUGUGAUAUCUAGAGAUAUGUUCUACCAAGUCUGGGCAGAUCCACAGUUUAAAGACAAAGUCCACGAUGAAUAUUUGAGUUUGAUGGCAUUAAGACCAGAGUUCGCAGAUGGUGAAUAUUCUAUUGCUAAUGAUCCUGUCAAUAUUGACAAACACAGAAACAGUAAAAUAAUGGCCUUGGAUAAAUACCGAGCCUAUCUCCAGUCUUAUUCUGUAAACCGUACUGAUUAUAUCAAUGCUGUUAUUUUGCCAUCUCACUACAGUCCGCAGGGUUUUAUCCUGACCCAGUUCCCAAUGAAAUCGACUGUGGUAGAUUUAUGGCAGAUGUUAUAUGAUUACCAGUCUAACACUGUUGUUAUUACAGAUAUUUUACAUUUUGAUGAACAGGAUAAUGGUGUAUUUUGGCCUGGUAUUGGUGAAAGUUUAACUUUAGGAGCGUUUGUAAUACACUGUGUAGCACAGUCUGGAAAUAGAGACAUUACUGUUAAUCUUUCAAACAAGAAAGCAGCACAGUAUUCCAACAAAAGUUUGGACAUUAAGAUAUUGAUAGGAACAGGUUGGUCAGAGAACCAGGAUGUACCAGGGGAUGCUGACUACUGGUUUGAAUUACACAAUGAUAUACAUAAAUGGCAGGAAAGUCAAGGUCAAAAACCUAUUUCGGUUUUAAGCAGGGACGGUGGUAGUCGUGGUGCAUUAUAUUGUGCAGUGUCUAAUGUGUUAGAUGCACUGGAUAUCUAUCAAGAUGUGGAUGUGUUCCAUGCAUUUAGACAGAUUCAUAAUAGAAAACCAGAAGUUCUCUUAUUCAAAGAACAGUACGAGCAUUGUUAUGAAGUAGCGAGACUGUAUCUAGAUGCUGGAAGUUUAUACUCCUCGUGACAUACAGCCAGACUUAGAGACAGUAUAGAUUAUUUUAUAUAGAGAUGGGGAAAAGUGGAAUAAAGUGAAUCAUAUCAGACUUUUCUUGAAGCAGAAAGCAACUAAUAGUGUGUACAUUAAGGGUAGUCAUUCAUCUUCGACCUCUGUUGACAUUGAAGCAUCCAUUAUUAUAGAAGUGACAGCUCGUAGUUUAUAGAUAUGAUAUUUGCUGGUUUCAUUAUAUCUGAACUUAUGUAUGAAUAUAAAUAUGUACAUUUACAUGUAAUGUAGAAUCAAGUCAUGAAUGUCUUUGACAUUAGUCAUAUUAUUUAUUAUUUGACAAUUACAUGAUGUAGAUACAAAUGUACCACUCAAGCAGCACUCAGUUUUAUGGCUCCAAGUAUGAGAUCUUAACAUUGUUAUGUACUACACAAGAAUCACUGUUUCUAAGUCAAUAUAUUUAUUUAUAAAGUAUAAAACAUUGUAUAAUAUGGAUAAUGUAUGAAAAUGAUGUUAUAUUAAGAAAAGAGUUUUAUUCUGUUAUUUAUAUGAAUGUUAUAAAGUUUGCCAAACAUGACAUGUCAUGGUGCUAUACUCAGUAUUACAACAUUACCAUAUGCAGUAUUAUUUAUAUUUAUUUAUUGUUAAAAUAUCUAUAACUUUAUCUUCAUGUUCAUUGUAUAUGUAUUAACAUCUUAUUUAAUUGCAGGUCAUUUUGAUAGCGAUUUGUUUUGUUAGAAAUUUAGAAUUGUGGAAACUUCUUCUAAGAUGACUUACUGGUAAAUGAAGAUUUUGUUUUAAAGAUCUUGGAAUAGUUAUUUUCAUUGAUAUUCAUAUCCUUAAUUAAGUCAAUACUUUUGAACAUGUAUCAGUCUUUAUUCAUUUCAUGUUGGUCACCUGAUGUGCAGUUGUUGUGUAAAACAACAAUGUAUAAAUCUUCUUGAAAAUGAAUUGUAAUUUUAAUCAGACUAAUAGUCCAUGUCAUUUAUAUGUUAGUUUUCUAAGAUAAUUAACCUAUGUUAACUGUUUUCUAGGAUAUUUAACCUCAUAUUAACUGUAUCAGUUUUGAACUGAUACCAUCACUUGGUGUUGGUGUGGUUAUCACCUCUCCAGUAUUUGCUAGAUGUAACAAAAGUUAAAAAGUGUAACAGCCUUCCAAUCAAAACAAAAUUGUCCUGAAGAAUAAAGUUUUGUUGCUUAAAUGCCCAGCCAACUAUAGUAAGGGGAAUUAUGCUUUCUGGUCUGAGAGUCUUUCUGUUAGUUCCAUUGUAUGUUCUUCCCAUAUCAAGUUUUGGAUUGAGGUAAUUUACCAUAAAGUUGUGGUCAUUUAGUACACAUGUUCAUUGUGAUGUGAACUUUUGAAAAUAAAUGCCAAAUUAGGUUUUUGACUGAACAUGCAAAUGAGAUUGUGCAAGUAGGGCAUUUUAUCCUAUGGGCAAAUAAUAUUGUGGGUUUUAUUAUUUUUUUUUUUGCUCUAAAAUUGUGGAAAAUUGAUUUUACGUAUUUAAGCAAAACUGUUUCCAAGUCUUUGUUUUGAUAAAAAAAGUGUGAAACAUAUUGUUAUCACAAGUAUUUCAGUCAAAAUACUCAUUUGUUUAUGUUAUAGCUUUAUUAGUAAGAGAGCAAUCAAUUGACAUAAAAUUGCAUCAAAUUUAUAUCUAUAUUUACACCUAGUCUUAUUUUUUAUAAGAAUAUUUUGUAAAACUUUGUAUUUUCAUUAAAUAAGAUAAUUAAAAGUAGAGAUGUA